AUGGAGUUGGAAGCAAAGGUCGCCGAGGUGGCAGAAGCAGAGCGUACAGGCGGAGCAGCUCAAAGAUUGCUGUCCGUGACUUGUGAUGCAUCUGUUCGCCUGACGCAUGAUUUGAAGAUUAAGACCCCGUCGCGGUCGCUUCUGGACCUGUUGAUGUGCAACUUUGGUUCCAACUGCACGACCCAACUGGAGGGUAUGGCGUUCCUCCGCUAUGUGGCGCAGGGGGAGCACGAACGUUUCAUGAAGUUCAUUGACGAGAACUCCCAGAGCACAUCUCCAGCAAGGUCCUUGCCUAUCGACCUGAAAGACUCCAGCGGUGUGACUUUCAAGGCGGAGCUCUUCCAUGUCACGGUUCCCAGCCUCUCGGGCGAUGGGGAGCAUGAGCACUUGAUUGGUAUCACUAACGAUCUCGCGGAUGAUCGUCUGGGACGCAUGGAGCAUACAUUGGAGGAUCUUCCGGUGGCAUCAUUCCAGGGCCUGCCGAUGAUCAGCGAGGUUGAUUCGAGAUACCAAGGAACUGGAGCCCUUUCGCAUUCCUUUGCACCUUCGCAGAGGCAUAGCUGUGGGAAGAGUAGCGUAUCCAGCAGCAACAGUAGCAAAAGCUCAAGAGCACAACUCUCAACCAUGCGUGAGAUCAGCGAGAUGGACUUGGUGAUCGAUCUUGAGACGGUAGAUAAGGAUUUCCGUAUUCUGUCGAUUACCCUACACUUCGCCACGCCAACUUCCUGCGCCGAGAACGCUCUCCCGAAUCUGGUGGAAUGGCUCAAGCCGCGGUACCGGCAACAGGUGCACAAUUGGAUCCAAGAACACGCUAACGCCCAUUAUGCGGGACGGGAGUACAGGGAACCCCUCCGGGGUAUCAAGCUGUUUUCGCCCUUCCCAAACACUUCCACACUUUUGGCCGGCGAGCUCAAGUGCAAGGGAAUCACUGAGGAGGAGGACGGCUCGUCAGAUCAGGAUGAGUCUUCUGCUGCAGGUAUGCUCAUGGAAAUCUCCAUCCGGCAACUUUUUGUUCAUUGA